CGCACGUGACGCGCGCCGGCGCGCGCUGUUUCCGGAAGUCGCCCCCGCGGUCUCCGCCGCAGCUGCCUGCGCUGUCGCAGCGGAACUCUGCGAGUGGAACGGCCAAGGCGGGCCGGGGAGGGGCGAGGGUCUGGCCACUCUGCAGAAUGGAGAUAAUCAGGAGCAAUUUUAAGAGUAACCUCCACAAAGUGUACCAGGCCAUAGAGGAGGCGGACUUCUUCGCCAUCGAUGGGGAGUUUUCAGGAAUCAGCGAUGGACCUUCAGUCACUGCAUUAACAAAUGGUUUUGAUACUCCAGAAGAAAGGUAUCAGAAGCUUAAAAAGCAUUCCAUGGACUUUUUGCUGUUUCAGUUUGGCCUUUGCACUUUUAAGUAUGACCACACAGAUUCAAAGUAUAUAACAAAGUCUUUUAACUUCUAUGUUUUCCCGAAACCCUUCAGUAGAUCCUCACCAGAUGUCAAAUUUGUUUGUCAGAGCUCAAGCAUUGACUUUCUAGCAAGCCAAGGAUUUGAUUUUAAUAAAGUGUUUCGCAACGGAAUUCCAUACUUAAACCAGGAAGAAGAAAGACAGUUAAGAGAGCAGUAUGAUGAGAAGCGGCUACAGUCCAAUGGCGCGGGCGCUCUCUCGUACGUGUCUCCUAACACUUCAAAGUGUCCCGUGGCGAUUCCGGAGGAUCAGAAGAAGUUCAUUGACCAAGUGGUAGAAAAAAUAGAAGAUUUAUUACAAAGUGAAGAAAACAGGAACUUGGAUCUGGAGCCGUGUACUGGGUUCCAAAGAAAACUGAUUUAUCAGACUUUGAGCUGGAAGUAUCCCAAAGGCAUUCAUGUUGAGACUUUGGAAACUGAAAAGAAAGAGCGAUAUAUUGUUAUCAGCAAAGUGGAUGAAGAAGAACGCAAAAGAAGAGAGCAGCAGAAACAAGCCAAAGAACAGGAAGAGCUGAAAGAUGCUGUGGGAUUUUCUAGAGUCAUUCAUGCCAUUGCUAAUUCGGGGAAACUUGUCAUUGGACACAACAUGCUCUUGGACGUGAUGCACACGGUUCAUCAGUUCUACUGCCCUCUGCCUGCGGACUUAAAUGAGUUUAAGGAGAUGACAACAUGUGUUUUCCCCAGACUCUUGGAUACGAAACUGAUGGCCAGCACACAACCUUUUAAGGAUAUCAUUAACAACACGUCCCUCGCAGAAUUGGAAAAGCGGUUAAAAGAGACGCCUUUCAACCCUCCUAAAGUUGAAAGUGCAGAAGGUUUUCCAAGUUAUGACACGGCUUCCGAACAGCUCCACGAGGCAGGCUAUGAUGCUUACAUCACAGGACUGUGCUUCAUCUCCAUGGCCAACUAUCUAGGUUCUUUUCUUAGUCCUCCAAAAAUUCAUGUGUCUGCCAGAUCCAAACUCAUUGAACCUUUUUUUAACAAGUUGUUUCUUAUGAGAGUCAUGGAUAUUCCCUAUCUAAACUUGGAAGGACCAGACUUGCAGCCCAAACGCGACCAUGUCCUCCACGUGACCUUCCCCAAGGAAUGGAAAACCAGCGACCUUUACCAGCUCUUCAGUGCCUUUGGUAACAUUCAGAUAUCCUGGAUUGAUGACACAUCAGCAUUUGUUUCUCUCAGCCAACCCGAACAAGUGCAAAUCGCUGUCAAUACCAGCAAAUAUGCAGAAAGCUAUCGGAUCCAGACCUAUGCUGAAUACGUGGGCAGAAAACACGAGGAGAAGCAGAUGAAGCGAAAGUGGGCAGAAGAUGGUUGGAAGGAGGUUGAGAGGAAGCGGUCAAACAGCCAGUGCCUCCCCUACGCGCCGCAGAAUCACUACUACCACGCCGAUGGUCUUACAGCCACCAGCACAGUCAGAAAGAGAAACCUGAGUCCCUGUCAAGCAGAAGCUGACCUGGAGGCCAGAGUAUCGGGGGAGCUUUCUGACACUGAGCUUGAGCAGACAGAUCCCUGUGCAGAAUCCCACUCAGAGGGAAGGAAAAAGGCCAAGAAAUUAAAAAGGAUGAAGAAGGACCUUUCUCCGACAGGAAGCAUCACGGACAGCCCGGCCAAGCUCUUUGAAGUCCCUGACACGUGGUAACCAAGACCCAGGAGCGAAUCGCUGGUGCUGCGGCCGAGCGAGACGCAGCAGCCGGCACGUCGGAAGCCAUACCGCCAUACCGUUCGAUUUCAUCCCAUGUGCGGCGGGAGAGGGUCGAAACCCAGGGUGACUCCCGAAAAAGCCCAGUUUUUAUUUUCAAGGCUGUGUUUCUCUUCUUCCUCUUUAACCUCAGCUGUCUGCUGGCACUCGGCACGGUUGUCGGCUGUCGUGACUGUGUACGUGAUGAACCCGUUCAGUUCCAUAUUUGUAGCGCGUGCGAAACCCUUCCUGUCAUGAAUUAGCGUGUUUAAGAAUCCACUGGGUGGAGGAGGUCAGCAGAGAGAUAUGCAGAAAGAGCCGCAUUCACAGGUGUCCUGAUUAUGAAUUUGGGGUCCGACCCUUUCCUGCUGUGAGAGGCUCUCAUCCACCUUCUCCUGCUCAGGUUGGAGGGCAGCCCCCGCCAGGGGAGAAUUUGGUUGUGUCGCCCUGCUUCCCACCACAGCUGCCUGAAAGUCUGAAGCUCUCCAGCUCGUUUCUCCAGUAGGAAAGUGUUUGCCGCUGUCAACAUAUGCCUUGGCCUUUGGGGCAUAUUUUUUUCAUGUUUUUUCCCCCCAAGAUGUGAGUUUCUCGUGGUGGAGUGUACAAGUGACACGUUAAUUUCCGUUUUUCCACGUAGCACUGCGUUCAUGUGUCGGUGUCAUGGCCUGGUGUCCUUCUGUCCGGGUGGCGUGGGGAUGAGGUGGCGUGUGUGUCCGUGUGUGUGUGUGUGUGUGUGUGUGUGCGCGCGCAUGAGACCAUGACACAUCUGCACCGUGUAGUACCAGCGCUUUCUCUGUUGACACAGAUCACAACAGCGACAGAAUCGUGUGGAUCUACCUCAGUAGAUCUGCUUCAUCCAGACCAUGGUUAGAUAUUUAACAUUUUUGUAUCAUGGAAAUGAAAAUGAAACAUGUAUUUCCAAAAGAUGAAAAUUAAAGGAAUUUUCUUAGGA